GCUUGCAGGCGCGCAAGCACGCACCGCGUUGAGUCACGAAUGUGUGCGCACUGAGUCCAGCAGCUCGAUUGAACGUCACUCCCUGUCGGCGACUGGCUGGAGUAGCACAACAAGCGGCCAUGCGCGAGGCAGCAGGGCCAGCACUUCAUCUCUGCUCUCUCCUACGCUGACGGAACAGCGCCUUUCCUUUUCUGAGACUUCAGCUCUGACUGGUGAAUACUUUAGAGAUUUUUCUAAGCUUCUUUCCAGCAGUCUGUGGUUUGAGGUCCAUAGGAAUACCUUGCAGCCCAGGACUUGUAAGGACACAAGAUGAUCUUUACCAGCAUGACUUCCCUCAGCAGGACAUCACUGGCCAUUGACACAUGCAGAUGUGUGCAGUGAAGAUCGAGGUAAUACCAGGUGGAUUUGAAGCUGUGGAGGGCUGAAAAUCAUGGGUAAAUCCAACAGCAAACUCAAGCCAGAGGUGGUGGAGGAGUUGACGAGGAAAACGUACUUUACAGAGAAAGAAGUGCAACAAUGGUACAAAGGCUUCAUUAAAGACUGCCCCAGUGGACAGCUUGAUUCUGUGGGCUUUCAGAAGAUAUAUAAGCAGUUCUUUCCUUUUGGAGAUCCCACAAAGUUUGCCUCGUUUGUUUUCAACGUGUUUGACGAAAAUAAGGAUGGACGCAUUGAGUUCUCAGAGUUCAUCCAGGCGUUGUCUGUCACUUCUCGCGGGACUCUGGAUGAGAAACUUAGAUGGGCUUUCAAGCUAUAUGACUUGGACAAUGAUGGCUACAUCACUCGUGAUGAGAUGCUAAACAUAGUCGAUGCCAUUUAUCAGAUGGUGGGAAACACCGUAGAGCUGCCAGAAGAAGAAAACACACCAGAAAAACGAGUUGACCGUAUUUUUGCAAUGAUGGACAAGAAUGCAGACGGGAAACUGACUCUGCAGGAGUUUCAGGAGGGCUCCAAGGCCGACCCCUCUAUUGUGCAAGCACUCUCUCUCUAUGAUGGUCUAGUCUAACAAUGUAAGGUGAGUGAAGUAUUCAUGUGCAAGCCACAUGCACACUUAGCCAAGGGGAAGUUCGGACCAUCCAAUAUUAUGCCAUCCUUAUGUCAUCUGAGCCAAUAAAAGAAACGAAACAAAAAUCAGCGACUGGCCUGAAUCCAAAGCAAAGCAGCUGCUUUCUGUUCUCAGUUUGUUCUUAUGAAUUAUUCAGGCGACCCACUUGUUUGCUGGCAAUCAAAUGGUCUUUCAGUGCCGAGCGAAGAGCCUCUUUCGCCGCCUCAUGUAAUCCACCAGCCUCUGCCAAUUGUUGCUGACAUCGUGCUCAGCGUUUUGUCAGCUGUGAAGUGAUCUUGUGAAUGCAUAUUUUGAACGCACCAUUGAAGUGAUUAUCCUGCAUGGUCUGAGCAUAGACAUGUUUAUUUCAAAUGGCCAUCUCUCGCCUCACUUCGCUCGACGGAUUCAAUUUAGCAUUGGAAUCACACGCAUCCAGCACCAUCAAACGAGUGCAUCGCGGUCUCCUAGCGAUCCGUCCAGGAUGAGGAUUUGACAAUCUGAGACAAUUGUAUAGGUUCCCAUCAGGGAUUGUGGGCACAUUUUGCGAUGCCAUUCAAACCUGGCAGCAAAACCCACCGUCAUUUCAACAUUUGUUCUGCUGCUACUGUGUGCAUCUGUGCAAACGUCGCAGCCGUCUUCUUUCCCUGCCAAAGUCCCAGGAGCUGAAUUCCUUUGGAGGUUUUUGCCAGACUUUUCACAAGUGGACGCUGUGCUGUCAUCAUGGACUCUCGAGUUUAACAUGGAAAAGUGUCUUGCAUGGUGAUAGAGUGAGCACUAAUUUACUUGGUAAGUUACAAAGCAGUGUAUUGUAAUAUGUAAAUAUAGUAUUAUGGCAAUUUAGUUCCUGCUUUGCUGUAUUCAGGAGUUUUCACCUUUUAAAACUGGAAUGAAGUUUUAUUUUUAUCAUAUAUGUUGAAAUGUUUUGCACUGCGUUUUUCACUACAAUUGUGGGAUUUUUUUGUUCUCACGCUGAGUUUUCUUUCCCGAGAGAACUGAAUUUUUAUUUGUGGAACAGUGUUGAAGGAAAGGCAAGUUUCUAAGGAUUGUUUUACUAUAUUUGCAGCCUGUGAAUCCUUUUGUGUUUUCACUUCCCACUGAGCUUGAGUGUCUAGUGUCCGCAGUGCAAUGGCCGAGCAUCAACGCCUAAGCUCAAGGCUUAAAUUUAAAUUGAGCGUAUUACCUUCAUUCGCAUUCAGCAGACAGCGACAGACACAAACACCAGUUCUGAUUGUAAAGCUUUUGCGAGCUCUGCGGCUACUAUUGUCCACUUAAUAGUUGUCCUGAUGUGUGAAACCAGAGCAUGCAAUCAUGCCUUCUACCAAUUUUUUUUGUUUUGUUGUUGAAGCGGUCACAUUUAAGCACUGUCACUGAUGUUAUGCCUUAUGCAAAUAAUAAUUUACUGAAUGACAAAUGCCAUUUACCUGUCAUUGAUCAGUAAGAGAGCACAUAAUAAAAUGCAUUUAAAUGGC